AUGAAAUACAGGAGACAAACGUACACCCCAUCUACCUUCAACGUAUAUAUAAUCUACAUAUACAAGCACUUAUUAGCUCUUUCUUUUACAAAAAAAAGGUCUAGGUACCCAACCAGUUGAUAAAAGGACAUAACAUUACGCUAAAUGGGGCGUUGGAUUAGACCCGAGGUAUAUCCACUGAUGGCGGCCAUGACAUUUGUAACGGGGAUGUGUGUUUUUCAGCUAACAAGGAAUGUUCUCUUAAAUCCUGAUGUCAGGAUCAAUAAGGCACAUAGAAGCAUGGGAGUACUUGAAAAUGAAGAAGAAGGAGAGAAGUAUGCAAAACACAGCCUUCGAAACUUCCUACGCACUCGUCCACCACAAGUCAUGCCUUCUAUCAACCGUUUUUUCUCUGAUCAUGACAACAACUAAUAAUCAUAGCUCAAUUCAAUAAUCAAAUAUUUCUCGUCUUUCAGCUUCUCAUAGUAUUUUUUUUAAAGUCGAUGUUGAUAUUUGUAUUGAAAUCUAUUCACCAGUCAUGUGAUGGUCCUUGUUCCUUUUUAUUGUAUUUUCGUUGGGUAUAUAUGAAGUUAUGAUGAUCUACGUAAUUUCAGUGUUUCUACCAGGAAUGUACCUUUUUUCCCCUUUCCUA